AUGGAGGGUCAUGUGAAAGAGAUCAUACUUCAUGGGUUUGGCAUGCCAGAGAAAGUGCUGCUGAACCUUCCUCACUGCCAGUUGCAUCUCAAGAUACUUCUUUUCUGAUACCGAAAGGAGAAUUCUUUCAAGUUGGGAAUAUCUUUCUCCGCCAUAAUUAUUGAAAAUGCCCCCCAAUCCAAGACGUCAAAAAACGGUGGCACAAAAUUGUCAGAGAUGAUCACAGGAACACACUCAUAA